UAUAGGAGUCUUUAAAAUCCUUUUUUUUUCAAACGAAAUGUGAUUUGAUUUUGUUUUUAAACGCAACAUUUGUCUUAGUUGUUUGAUUGUCCGGUUGGUAAAAGCUGAUGUAUCUUCAUCUCAGCGCAGGAUUUUUAUUAUUAUUAACUAAAAAAGAAAAUAUAUUUUAUUCCACACUUUCCUAUAGGCCUAUAUAUUUCUCUUCAGUAAAAUGCAUUAAUUGAAUAUCAACCUAAAAACAUAUGCUAUAUAAAUAAAACUACCCGAAUAUAAAUAAUUUUUUGUUUAAUAUCUGUAUAUAUUUAUAUGCACACUUAGUUUCAGCUCGGGAAAUCAACGCAAGCCUGGGCAAUUUUUCCCCCCUGUUUUGACAUCUGCCUCGCUAUUGGCGGAAAGCUGGUCAGCUGACUUUGUCAUUUCGUCCGUCUUUGAGUGGAGCCUUAGUUAUAACAAUCUAGUUCUGCGUCUACAACCGGAGUCCCGAAAUAAAUAUUAAAGAAACAUUCAAGCCGUCUGAGGCAGAGAGAGAGAGAGAGAGAGAGAGAGAGAGAGAGAGAGAGAGAGAGAGAGAGAGAGAAAGAGAGAAAGAGAGAGAGAAAGAGAGGGGGGAAACUAUGAAUUCCUAUUUCACUAACCCGUCGCUCUCCUGCCAUUUAGGAAGCGCAGGGCAAGACGUUUUACCCAACGUAGCCCUGAACACAGCCGCCUAUGACCCUGUGAGGCACUUCUCGUACGGUGCAGCCGUGGCGCAGAAUCGGAUAUACUCGUCCCCUUUCUACUCGCCCCAAGAAAACGUUGUGUUCGGCUCCAGCCGUGGGCCUUACGAAUAUGGAUCUAAUGUGUUUUACCAAGACAAAGAUAUCCUUCCGAGCUGCAGGCAAUCGGCUAUGGGCCACACUUCACAGCCCUCCAUAGUGCAGGACUACAGCACUGACCCGAGCAGGACUGCGGGGCAGGACCAGAAGGGAGGCAGUGUGCAGAUAUACCCGUGGAUGCAGAGAAUGAACUCACACAGUGGGGUUGGGUACGGUUCAGAUAGACGGAGGGGUCGCCAGAUUUAUUCGCGGUAUCAGACUUUAGAGCUGGAGAAAGAAUUCCAUUUCAACCGCUACCUGACCCGCCGCAGACGUAUCGAGAUCGCCAACGCGCUCUGUCUAACCGAACGCCAGAUCAAAAUCUGGUUCCAGAACCGGCGGAUGAAAUGGAAGAAGGAAAGCAAUCAGAACUCCGUUCUGCCCGGCGGUACAGAACACGGACCCGGUCCGGAAACCCAAGAAGAAGAAAAACAAGAAGAGGCUGAGGAAGAAAAACAGAAAGAGUAAAACGAGAAAACAAAUCAUUCCUUAAAGGCAAAAAACACCCUAUGACUGUCGCUACACGCCCCUAACUACACUACCUAUAUUGCUGGCACAAAUUGAUAAUAAGCACUGUAUGCAAGUCAGGCGAUCUGUAUGGCUGCAACGAGGCCCCGUACUAUCCACUCAUUUGAAGUCUUGUAUUAAGACACUCUUAUUUUUAUGUGUUAGAAGUGGGGAAAAAAUAUUUCG